AACCACAAUUUCAACAAUUAAGCUCCAUGGCGUGGCUUCAAUCAGCCUUGGGCAUCUCAGGGCCAAAUUCGAACGGCUGUUCUAUCAUGUUUACUACUCAAAUCCAGCCAAGACGAUGCAUGAUCCAGGCGCAUUCUUUGAUCAACUAAGCAAUCGUUUCUCUAAAGCCCUUGAUCUGGUCAAGGACGCUAUGCUUGCUUGUGCCACCCUUGGCCGCCCUCAUCUCGACCCUUGUCGCGUAGUCAAAGGUCUUCGCAAUGUCCUGGUUGAUGCUAGCGACAAAAGCCUUCAGCUGCUCGGAUUGGAGCUUGUUCAUUGAGUCCCAGCCUGCUCUGGGAGGGCAACGCAGCGGCCAGAAAUGUGGUGCGUUCGCGGACGUUCGGUCUUGCGGGCAGAUCUACGUCGAAGAGGGAGCCUUCUAGAUAUUCAAGCAGAGUCGCUCAUUUUCGAGAUUGAGACGGAGACGGAUCUCUUGGGAUGGAUUUAUUGGGGCUUGCCUCGGACCUGACGAUGUGCAUCACAGCCCUUGCAGCUCGGCGCUUUCUUAUCUCAGGGGUCUUAUCGCGAUGGAACACAGGCAAGCGAGCUCUGACCAUCUGAUGCCGAACGAAGGUUAGGGGAUCUCACCCCGCAUUACGCCAAAACUCCCCCACUGUCGCGUCUCCAGUUACACCCCUCGUUUGGAUCGCGACGUCACAAGCGAAUAUUGUCGACAGCCUCCGGUUCUGUAGCUCAAACCAUGUCUUUCGCCAAUAUCUAUACACAUCGCAAGGUUGCUAACACAGCCGCGAAAGGGUGCGAUGUUUGCUACCGAUCGACAACCAGUGUGCUUGUCGCCCCAGAGAACAAGGAUUUCUUCUUCGUGUGUCCAAGCCAUCUGAAGGAUAGAAACUUUUGCGCCCCUAUCAUCGACACGGCAGCCGUUGAGGCCAAGAAGAAGAAAGAGAUGGACGAGGAGCUCGAGCGCGUCAAAAAAGAAUACGAAGAGAGACAGCGCAAGAAAAAGGAGAAAGAAGCUCAAGAGAAGUCAGAGGAAAAGGACAAGGACAAGAGCAGCCAGACCGAGGAUAAGAAAUCAACCGACAAGAAGGAUGAUGAUGAAGACAAGGCAUGCAGCAAGUCCAACGCCGCAGCUGAAGUGCCAGAAGAGGAGCCCAGGGUUUUCUCCCUACAGAAGAAUUUCUUUGCUUUGCGCAUCGAGAAGAAACGGCAGAUCGAACUCGCAAAACGGAACAGAGAGCGCAUCGCUCAACCAAACUUCUUCCCUUCCGUACCCAAGGGAGCUCCUAAUAGCGGUUGA